GCAGAGUGCGGGGGACCGCUGACCACCUUGGAGGGGCACUUCUCUACCCCCAGCCAUCCCCAGCCAUACCCACACCAGCAGCUGUGCCUCUGGCAGAUCUCGGUGCCCGUGGGCCACGUCAUCGACCUACACUUCCACAACUUCAGCCUGGAGUCACAUGAGGACUGCAACUUUGACUUUGUGGAGGUGCAUGACAGCGCAGCCACGGGGGCUGCCAGCCUCAUGGGCAGGUUCUGCGGCCACCAGCUGCCACCCACCCUGACGUCCUCACGCCAUGUCAUGACUGUCCUCUUCGUGGCGGAUGAGGGAGUAGCUGACAAUGGGUUCUUUGCCACCUACCAGGCCCGCAAUGCCACUGAGAAGACCUGCAGCCCCACGGAGUUCUCCUGUGGAAACGGUGAGUGCCAGGCGCUGGAGUCCGUGUGUGACGGCUGGCACGACUGCCCUGAUGGCACCGACGAGCUGAACUGCACUGAGGUCUCCUACCCACCCUUCGGGUCUGUCUGUGAGCCUGUGGAAGUGGAGAUGUGCCUGGGGCUGGGCUACAAUGCCACCUCCUUCCCCAACAUCUGGCUGGCCAUCCCAGACCAGGAGGGAGCUGCUGAGGUGCUGCAGGACUACCAGACGCUGAUGGAGCUUGCCUGCUACCAGCACCUCCGCCUCCUCAUCUGCAGCCUCUUCGUGCCCAAGUGCACCCCAGAUGGAGGGGUCCUGCAGCCCUGCCGAGCCGUGUGCCUGGCUGCCGAGCUGCGGUGCCAGCAGUCCCUUGGCCUCCUUGGCAUCCUCUGGCCCAUCAACUGCAACAUCCUGCCUGACUCCAACGACCCGGUAGAGUGCUUCCAGCCCUGA